CCCCAGUUCUUCCCCUCCAUCCAACCCCUCCAGCUAUACCCAUCCAUCCCCUCCGCUGUCGGUCCUCCUUCUCCAAUAGUCCAUCUUCCCCUGGACUGUCGCUUCACAGGACCGGCUCAUCCAUCAUGUCUUCGCCAGCGCCCACCCGCCGUAGGGGUCGCCCUUCCAAGGACUCCUCUGUCUCCUCUCCUGCUCGCUCAACCCGCUCAACCCGCUCUCAACAACAAGCUCAACCCAGCAGUCCCCCCCCAGGAAGCGAUGAUCUCUCCCAAACAACCCCCAGAGCCUCCAGGAGGGUACGCGGUGAGGCUCCGGUCCCGUCAUCCUCUCCCAUGUUCUUCCAGUCGUCCCCGAUGAAGGGGAACAGCAGCAGCGCAGAGACGCCCGAUCUCAGAAUGGACGAACCUAGCUCCCCCAUGAGAGCGCCUUCCACUCUGGAUGAAGGCGAGACAACCCCUCGGGGAAACGCCACAGCUGCCAUGCGAGACUCUUCCCCGAUCCGAUAUGUGUCUAGCUCCAGUCCCACCCGUUCCAUUGGCCGCCAAGCAGGCCGCUCAGAUAUCCCAAGCAGCAGCAGCGGGCUUUUUGUCUCCUCCCGGUCGAAUGCCGACGGUCAGCGUGGCCCCUCUCGCCGGAAUGACCUUCACUCUGGUGGCUUGGGAUCCACUCCCAGUCGUCGACGCAGAAUUUUCGUGGAUGCCAGCGGAGUGCCCACUGCCGAUGGCGAACCGCGCUCAGAUGCGACUUUCUCGAAUAUUCAUCCGGGCACAUCGGAGGCCGAGGCCUUGGGUGGAAGCUCGACCCGCGUGAUCUGGGGUACCAACAUCUCCAUCCAGGAUUCCAUGUCCGCCUUCAAGAACUUCAUCUACAACUUUGCGACCAGAUACCGACUGUGGGCGGAAGGGGCAACCGAAGAUGAGACCCGCAGAAUGGGCGAUGCCGCCGAAGAUAGAGAAUAUAUCAAAAUGCUGAACACGAUGCGUGAGCUCGGUGUCACCAACCUGAACCUGGAUGCGAAGAACCUGAAGGCGUACCCGUCAACCUUGAAGCUGUGGCACCAACUCCACGCAUACCCGCAAGAGAUUAUCCCCUUGAUGGAUCAGACUGUUAAAGACGUGAUGGUCGAGCUUGCCAUCAAGGAGAUGGAGCGCCAACGAACCCAAUCUCGCCGGAAUCAUACCCACUCCAGAGAUCUAAGCUCAGCUCCCGCUGUUCCCAGCUCCGACGCCAUGAUGAGCGACGCUGCGAGAGCUCCGCCCGCCGAAAUUCAAGACCUUGUCCAGGAAGUCGAAUCGAACUCGUACAAAGUCAUGCCCUUUGGUCUCGACAGUACCGUUAACAUGAGAGAUCUUGACCCUGCCGAUAUGGACAAGUUGGUGAGCAUUAAGGGAUUGGUGAUUCGGGCCACCCCCGUCAUUCCGGACAUGAAAGAAGCCUUCUUUCGAUGCCAGAUCUGCAACCAUAGUGUGCAGGUCGAUAUCGACCGCGGGCGGAUUGCGGAACCCACUCUAUGCCCUCGCCAGGUCUGCCAGGCCAGAAACUCGAUGCAGAUCAUCCACAACCGCUGUGCAUUUGCCGACAAGCAGGUCAUCAAGCUCCAGGAAACCCCCGACAACAUUCCCGAUGGCCAAACGCCCCACUCAGUCUCGCUCUGCGUGUACGAUGAACUGGUCGAUGUUUGCAAGGCCGGUGACCGCGUCGAGGUAACUGGUAUCUUCCGGUGCAACCCUGUACGAGUCAACCCGCGCCAGCGCACCCAGAAGACCCUAUUCAAGACGUAUGUGGAUGUUUUGCAUGUACAGAAGAUCGACCGGAAGAAGAUGGGUAUCGAUGCGUCGACUAUUGAGCAGGAGCUGUCGGAACAGGCUGCGGGUGAGACCGACCAGACACGCAAGAUUUCUGCCGAGGAAGAAGAAAAGAUCAAGCGGACUGCCUCCCGGCCUGAUGUGUACGAUCUUUUGUCCCGGUCCCUGGCGCCUAGCGUCUACGAGAUGGAUGAUGUCAAGAAGGGUAUCUUGCUGCAAAUGUUCGGAGGCACCAACAAGUCGUUUCAGAAAGGUGGUAACCCGCGCUAUCGUGGUGACAUCAACAUCCUUCUCUGUGGUGAUCCGUCCACAUCUAAGUCUCAGAUUCUCCGCUACGUCCACAAGAUCGCGCCACGAGGUGUUUACACCAGCGGCAAGGGUUCAUCCGCCGUCGGUCUUACGGCUUAUGUGACCCGUGAUCCUGAAACCAAGCAGAUGGUCCUCGAGUCGGGUGCUCUGGUCCUCUCAGAUGGCGGUAUCUGCUGCAUCGACGAGUUUGACAAGAUGAACGAAUCGACGCGCUCCGUUCUGCACGAAGUGAUGGAGCAGCAGACCGUGUCCGUCGCCAAGGCAGGUAUCAUCACGACCUUGAAUGCCCGGACCAGUAUUCUUGCUUCAGCGAACCCUAUCGGCAGUCGGUACAACCCGAACCUCCCGGUUCCGCAGAACAUCGAUCUGCCCCCGACCUUGUUGUCUCGAUUCGACUUGGUCUAUCUGGUUCUGGACCGGUCGAACGAGUCGGAUGAUCGUCGCCUGGCCAAGCAUCUUGUCAACAUGUACUUGGAGGACAAGCCCGAAAACGCAAGCAGCGAGGAAGUCUUGCCUAUCGAGUUCCUCACAGCCUACAUCACCUACGCCAAAACCAAGGUGCAUCCUGUGCUCACACCUGCUGCCGGCAAAGCUCUGUCUGAUGCGUACGUUAACAUGCGCAAACUUGGCGACGACAUCCGGUCAGCAGAUCGCCGUAUCACCGCGACUACUCGUCAACUGGAAUCUAUGAUUCGACUGUCGGAAGCGCACGCGCGGAUGCGCCUGUCUACCGAGGUGACGGCAGACGAUGUGGAAGAAGCCGUGCGCCUCAUCCGGUCGGCAAUCAAGCAGGCUGCUACGGACGCGCGCACCGGUCUGAUCGAUAUGGGUCUGCUAACGGAGGGCACCAGCGCCAGCGAGAGACGCAACCGGGAGGCGAUCAAGCGGGGAGUGCUUUCGAUGGUGGAUGAGCUGGCCGGCUCAGGUGGUACAGCUCGCUGGUCAGAGGUCUUCCGUGUUCUGAACGACCAGAGCAGCGCCGGCUUGGACAACACCCAGUUCACGGAUGCGGUCCGUGCUCUGGAAACCGAAGGCCUCGUCAACAUUCUGGGAGACGGCCCGCGACGAAGCAUCCGACGCGCCGGGGGCGCGCUUCCCUGAGCUGACCCGGAGACUACCUAGAUGAUGAGACUACGAUGCCAUGGACUUUAUAAUUUUCGGAUCGGUGCGAUUUCCUGUUCGGCACUUGCCUUGCCACUUCUGGGGGACGGUGUCUGGUGUUUGUUGAUCCAGUUCCAUACGUAUACCGCAGAAUCAAAGUAUCAAAGAAUUU